CUCUCCCCUCCCUCCCUCUCUCUCUUUCUUUCUCUCUGUCUCUCUCCCUCUUCCAUACUCUAUUUCUUGCUGGCACUAUUUCUACAUCUCUCUGUCGCUACGGCAACUAAUGCUUUUCCCCACUUCCAGGCUCUCUCCCUCUCUCCCACUCCCUUCUUAAGCGGCAAAAGAGAUGAUUGGAGCGGUGAGGACUCAGUGAAAAGACAGAAGCGAUGGAGCGAUGCUCCAUCUCUCCCUACACUGGAUUCAUUCCCCUUUGGAGCUUCCUGCUGGUCACUAUAAUGUUUUGCACUGCCACCGGUGACACAGAUGAGAGAAAGUGGGAGGAGCUUGGUGAAAUGCAGAUGCCAGUCACGGCGCAGGCCACGACAACUCCGCUCUGGGCAGUGGACUGGGGUCCCACACAGCCACUGGAGGAUGAAACCCAUCACUUCCUGUCUGGCCUGGAGACUGAUAGUCUAAGGAUGACCACCACGUCUGAGGACUGGUCGCAUCAUCGGAGCGCGUCUGCCAAUCAAACACAACACCCAUCAACAGGAGAUGAGAAAAAGAUGGAGACAGAGGAGCAAGACAAGGAUGUGGACCCACAGUUUUAUGUGACAGUGACAAUUUCGUCUCUGCUGAUUCUCUCUGCGGUCAUCAUCUCUGCAAAACUGUGUUACGACCGCAGUCUCUCCCAGCGUCCUCCCCCCCUCUCUCUGUCCAUCCCUCGUUCCAUAGCUCAGGAGGACAGCAGGCAGACACUGCACAGCACUCCAUCCUUCCCUGACAGAGAGAGGAUACCGGUGGUCAAUCUUUGAAGAGCUGACUGUUUCGAGCGUGAUAAUCAUUUCCUGUGGGCUUGAUGUGGACAUUGGUAUGGCCACUGGUGUGAACCCAUGGGCAAACCUCUCUGAAUGUACAUAAAAUCUAGAUAUUACACAUGCAGAUAUAUGGAUGAAUUAAUCCUGUCGGACACUCUGAUGGCAACGUGGGUAUGUGACUUGAUUCCUAAGAGGGAUCUUGUGUUCCAGUGGCUUUUUUUGGCUUCUCUUCUACUUUCUUUCAGUGCCGUUCGUACAGUAUUAUAUUAAUUAGCUCUCAAUGCAGCCAUUAACAAGGGCUUAAGGAAUGUUCCUCAACCAUGAACACAAUCAUUAGCUUCUGAUCUUGGAAUAAGCUGUGAUGUAUGUAGUCAUUAAUUUAUUAACCACCGUGACAUGCUUGCAGUAGCCUUUCUCUCUUGCAUCCAAAGGUUUAAAGGUUACGUCUGCCUAUAGUUGCCUUUAUCGCACUUGUGUAGCAUUUAUUUCAGCUUAAUGUAUGACAUCAAUUAUUUUGAAGGGUUAAAUAUAAUUCACAUCUGUAGUCCUAUUGCAACAGUGGAUUGCAUUGACGUCAACUGAUAAAAAAAAGAUCUUUGGAAACACCUCUGCAGUGUUACCAUAUCAUUUACGGCGGUUAAUUGACACAUUUUUUAGUAAUUAUGGAUUAACAUCUGGUGAGGUGUUUGUGAAACUUAUGUAAUUCUAUUUCAAGUGUUGCUGUGUUAUUAUUAGCAUUAUAUUUUCUACGUCAUGGCCAUAUAUCUCUACUUGGUUGUGCUGAAACACACAACCUCGAUGGAGAGUUAAUGAAUUGUCUUGUUGGUAAGCAAACUGUAUAUAGCACUUUUAUGCAUUAUUCAAGAUUUAUUUAAUGGGCAUUGAUAAGAUCUGAUGUUAUUCCAGGUUUUUGGAGGUUUUGUGUUAUUUAUGGAGAGCACAAUCCAGAACUUUAAUAUGAAGAUAAAAUGAAAAGAAUAUUGAUGUUUCCAUGGUAUAAUUAGUUCAAAAAGCAAAUUAAAAAAACAACUUUUUUGACGACACAAGUUAGUUUUAAGUAUAGCGAGGCAGCAUGAAACUCUGGGGUUUGUCUUUUAUAUUUAUGAACUGCGGCUAACUGAAGGGUUUGGUUUUUUAGAUGAUAGCAAGCUUUUAAAAUUUUUAAAGACAUUCUGCUUUAGGCUAAGUUUUCAUGAAAAUCCCGAUUUGUACUUUCCUUCAUGAAUGACAUGGUUAUUUGGAAGUGAAAAUACAAAGUAACCACAGAAACAUAACUGGAAAUAUUCCCUCACCUGUGCUGUUUGAGGGUCCCAAAGUUAUAAUUAUCCAUGAAAAUGUAUGAGUAUAACACAUUAUUUUCAGUAAUUAUACUUUGAUUUUACACUACAUGCACAAAAAGCAACACCAUGUUAAAUAUGUUCAGAAAAGUUUUACAUUAUGUAUGUAGCACUGCCUUAAAUAUGUGGUUCAAUGUACUACAAAAUCAAUAAAAAAGC